AUUGGCUUCAAAGGCAUACUACUGUUCGGUACGGACGAGCAAAAAGCGAAGUUUUUGCCCGAUUUGGCGGCCGGUAAACGAGUCGCCUGUUUCUGUCUGACGGAGCCCUCGGCCGGUUCAGACGCGUCGGCCAUCAAAACAAAGGCCGAACUCUCUCCGGACGGCAAACACUAUGUACUGAACGGCGAGAAGAUCUGGAUCUCCAACGGCGGGAUCGCCGACGUGUUCACUGUAUUCGCCAAAACGCCGGUGCGAUCCGAGACUACCGGUGCGCUCGAGGAUAAGGUGACGGCGUUUAUCGUGGAGAGAGGGCCGGGACUCACGUCCGGUCCGCCCAACAAGAAGAUGGGUAUAAAGGCGUCCAAUACUACGGAAGUGUUCUUCGAUAACGUGAAGGUGCCGGUGGACCACGUGUUGGGACAGGUGGGCGAGGGGUUUAAGGUGGCCAUGAAUAUACUCAACAACGGCCGGUUCGGUAUGGCCGGUGCUCUAUCGGGUGCGAUGAGGACGUGUAUCACUGCGGUCACAGAUCACGCCAACACCCGAACCCAAUUCGGUAAUAAGCUGUCGACCUAUGGGGACAUACAGGAGAAGAUCGCACACAUGUCUGUCCGACACUACGUCACCGAAUCCAUGGCCUAUAUGUUGAGUGGUGUUAUGGAUAAGGGGUUUACGGACUACCAG